UGUCCUGGGUGUCACUGUGCAGAAUGCCCUACACGGAGGCGGUCAUACACGAGACCCUACGUAAGUCUUCACUAGCAGCUACAGGCCUCCAGCAUGUAGCUACCAGAGACACUCAGCUGGGCGGCUACUUCAUCCCUAAGGGCACUAUUAUUACGGGAGCACAAGAGACAGUGCAUCACGACCCUCAGUACUGGGACCGUCCUGACGAGUUUCUGCCGGAGAGGUGGCUCGAUCUACAGGGGAAGUUCACCGCCAAGAAGGAAGGUUUUCUACCCUUCGGUGUGGGUAAACGCUCUUGUCUGGGCGAAGCUCUGGCGCGCAUGGAGUUGUUCAUCUUUUCCACUACGGUAUUCCAGUCCCUUAUCUUCUCUCAACCACCUGGCAAGAAGAUUGAUCUUCGGUAUGACCCAAAAGCUUUUGUCACCCACAACCCCAAGAUCCAGGAUGUCCUGAUCACCGUCCGGCCAGGAUUCUAAAGGAAAUAAUUAUUUUGUUAGUUAUAGCA